AUGCCAGGAGAUGGGGAGAUGGAAGGAGAGAAAAGGGGGUGCAGAAGAAGGUCCCUUCCUUUCAGCAGACACAUCUGUGUUGCCUCAGCUGACUGCAAAGUGCGGGGCAGGGGAAGCAGCACCGGCAAGCCCCGCAGCUGUGCAGCGGUCCUUAGUGACCAGGGAGUUCCCGGAAACAGAGCCAGGCAGAGAGGAGACCCAACGCAGGCUGCCGCCUUUCGUGUGCCUGCGCCGGGCAGGGCGACGUGGCCAGGGCCGCUUGCGGGGAAGCCGCCGGAGAUCCAAACGUGGCCAGGGCCGCUUGCGGGGAAGCCGCCGGAGAUCCAAACGUGGCCAGGGCCGCUUGCGGGGAAGCCGCCGGAGAUUCAGACGUGGCCAGGGCCGCUUGCGGGGAAGCCGCCGGAGAUUCAAGGCCGGCGAGAGAGGAAGAGGCGCUCGGACUGCCGGGCAGCAGCUUUCGUAGCCCCUUGGCGCGCAGGGAGCCAGGUGCGGCCGCUGGUGUGGGCAGGCCACAGGCACAGGCCGAGCCGGGGGUGCUUGUGUGUGUCCCGGCGGGUGCCGCAGCUGUCUGCAGCUCCUUGGGCAGGGCGAAAGGGAAAUCUCUGCCUCCUGGCACGGCUUUUGUCCAGAGGUCUUCCGUGGGGUCCUUGUGUGAUCUGGGGGCAGUUUCCCCUGCAGCUGCUGAUGGAAGAUGAUUGUGGAAUUUAAAUGUAGUCCUUUUGAUACAGACUAACAUCAGGAAAAUCCAAAGAGAUGUCACA